CCGGGCCGGUAUCUCGAUGAGUGGAUCGGCCCUCGGAGGAGACCACAUCGCGGACACGAACCGCGAGAUCGCCUUCUGCAUCGGCGCGGAGCUGGGCCUGCAGACAGAGGAUCCUCAGGAGCUGCUCACCUUCCUGCAGUCGGUGGAGGCUAACUCGCUCUACAACACGAGCUGUGGGGUGGGCUUCAUGAUCGCCAUAGAGCCUGAAGCGGAGGGGGCAUUCAUGACGGCUGACCACAGCAGGCUCGGAGCGUGGGCUGCAGCAGGCAACUACACCCACAUGCCGCUCCUUACCGGGGUUACCACUGGCGAAUACAACUUGCAGAUGCAGGACGAUUCUGGAGGCGAGGCCAUCAUCGACGAUUCUGUGCUGGAGCAGCUCAACACGGACUUCGAGGGGGCCAUCGACUUCGUCCUGCGCCUGGGUGACAUUGAGUCCAAGCGGCAGGCGGCGACCGCCCUCAGGCAGUACUACUUCGGCAACAUCACCAACAUCACGGCUGACGACGCCGUCCAGUACGCAGCUAUGAUGACGGACCUGAACAACGGAGAGCCGGCAGACACGACGGUGCGACUGCUGAGCACCACCAUGACGCAGCCCAUCUUCUACUACCAGUACGACUACACGGGAGCGAGUCCGGACAUCGGCCUGCCCGGUGCCUGGCACAAUUAUGACUUGAAAUCCAUCUGGUAUACGCCUGAUCUAAACCUGGACCCCGACUCUGACGAGCAGAAGGUGCGCAACACGGUCGUCAAGCUGUGGACCAAUUUCGCCAAGUACCUGAAUCCCACCCCUGAGGACGAUCCUGUAAUUGAGGGCGGCUGGCCUACCUACAACCUGGAAACCAAGUACUUCCUCAACAUUGACGUCAACUCUACCGUCCAGCAAAACAGGAAUGCGGAACGGAUGGAUUUCGUGCACUCAGUGAUACCUCCGUACUACUGAAACUGGCUGUGAUAUAAACACUUUUGACUACUUCUCGUAUUGUUUAAAUAUUUUAUGUAAAACAACAGAGUAAUGAAAUACUGGACACUUUUUAUUGUACGA